AUGGAAAAGCUUUCUGUGCAUGACCCGAUUUGGGCCAUGGCCAACGCGCGCGACAUCCGCAGUUGGAACGCUCUCACGAUAGUCUCCGACUCCAAGGUGCGGACCCGGGAGCUGUCCCGUCUCUCUGGGACUGUCGAUCCUGGAAAUGUCCCAACCGCGUGCCUCGCGAGCUUCGGUCGCUCGCCGCCCACCGAAGCUAAGACUCGGUGGUUGAUCGACCCUUUCAUCCUCCACGUAUACGCGGCUGUCACUUCUGAUCUCACCAAUGCGCAACCUUUGAAUGUUCAAUGCGAGAGGGGCUAUUCUUUCGGCCCGGUCAAAGUCAAUGGUAAGCGGGUUAUUUUCUCCGGAAGAAUGGAUUACAGUAUUUGGUAUGGUGAGACCGAGCUCCUGUGCCUGAACGUCCUCGUUGUUGAGGCUAAGGAUGGACCCAAGUCCGGUCAUGCACUCCCCCAACUCCUGGGAUAUAUGGGGUGUAUCCACCGGGAACGCAAGAAUUCCGGGAGGCGCAACUGCGGCGUAUACGGGAUGGUGUACAAUGAGGAUGUUUGGCAUUUUUUGAAGAUUAGCCACGACUCGAAGUGGUCGGAAUUAGCUGUUGGUGGUCGUGCUCUGGAGCGGUCCUUUGUAUUGCUGGUGUGGAUGCUCCGGAUGGCAGCUGCCAUCUCCCCAGCCCACUCAACCGUGAUAUCGGCGGAAAUUUCCAGGGCAAUGGGCCACGAAGAGAUGAAUAUUGAUUCCUUCCUGUGA